AUGUCUCAGUCAAAAUUCUUCCAGCAGUGGCACGCGUCCCUCGAGGAGCAGGCUGCCAACGCCUACGCUGCCUCCCCGGCCACCAGCACCGCGGGCCCCUCGCAGGAGCGCCCCUCAAAAUUCUGCCAGGAGUGGCAUGCAGCUCUCGAGGAGCAGGCGCAGCUUGCCGCCCGCGCCGUCUACGCUGCUCCCAAACCCGCAACCGCGCCAGUGUCCGCCGCGGUGCCGACCCGCCAGCGGGAAAUCAAGCGGCUUUUUCGCGCCAUUGACAAGGAACUAGCCAGCGCGGAUUGCAUCGGCGUACAACACCCGCUGUUCGCCGAAUGGCAAGAGCUGCAGCAGCAAUAUGUGCAGCUUGAAGCCCAGUACCAGAAGAACGUGCGUAGCUGCAGCAUGUACCUCACUCGCACCAUGCAUAUAUUCCACCCCGAAGCCCUUACUGGGCCACACGUGGUCCAGGCCGACACAGCCUUGACCGAAAUACUGCGGGUCGUGCGCCUGAUGCAGGAGGAGGCGAAACGCGUCGAGUACUUCUUGUAUGAUCUGCAAGACGAAAUCGAAGCAUUUCCCACGAAGGUCAUGCUUGCAGCGCGCAGCGCCAACACAGUCAAGUCUCGCGGGCUGUCUGGAUGGCUGAAGAAGCUGCGCGCGUCGGUGAGCAAGCCUGUGAAGGCAUUGCUCAAGGCCCUCGGGCGAUCACGCUCUCGUUCACACAUCCACCUCCGGCUCGGCAGCUCGGAUAAUGUCGCACUGUGCUCCGAGAAGGCACAAUAUGCAGGACAACCAGAGCAAGAGAGCAUCCCAUCGACAGCUAGCUGCCAACUUCUUCUCGACGCGCUUUCGGAUCUGAUCGAUGCGUCUCAACUCAUCGAGCGCGCCUGUGACGAUUUGUUCCAGGCCAGCUACCUUGGCUCCAUCACUUCAUCUACUCUCAUUCGCGGAGAAUAUAUGCAGGCGGCAUCGCAGGGCUCAGCUCGGCUUUACGCACAUCUCGAUCUGGUUGCUCGGAUGUAG